AUCGAAUGGGAUUUACGACCGUGAGCCAAUUUAUUAAUGAAGUUUGCGAUGCGUUAUGGAAAUACCUGCAGCCUAUUUAUAUGCCUCAAGCUUCCACAGAAUUAUGGGAAACAGUAAUUUCCGGAUUUGAGGAUUCAUGGCAGUUUCCCAACUGCCUUGGGAGCAUAGAUGGGAAGCAUGUUACCAUCAAAUGUCCUCCUAAUAGCGGUUCGAAUUAUUACUGUUACCUUAAAAAGUUUUCUAUUGUGUUAUUAGCUAUUGUGGACUACGAUUACAAAUUUAUUUGUGUGGAUAUAGGCGGAUAUGGUAAGAACAGUGAUGGUGGCAUUUUUGAGGCAUCUUCUUUUGGACAACGGCUGUCCAGAGGAUCAUUGAACAUUCCCUCAAAUAGAGCUUUGCCUGGUCAAAAUGAAGAAACCCCAUUGUCACGUUAUGAUACUCGAAAAGAAAACUACAAUAAGCGCCUAUGUCGUGCUCGGAGAGUAGUCGAAAAUGCCUUUGGAAUCUUGGCUCAGAAAUGGAGGUUAUUUUACAGGCCCUUAGAACUCAAGAUAGAAACGUCUAUAAAGAUUGUCAAAGCAACAUGCAUUCUACAUAACUAUUUGCGUACGGAAAAAACGGAUGCACCCUUUUCACAUCUCUUAGAGGAUGCAGAGCCUGUUAUAGGAGUCUUAGAUGUUCUUCCAGUUGACGGCCGAAGGGCUACAAACUAUUCGUUUCAGAUACGACAAAAUUUUGUGAAUUUUUUUAAUAUGUAAUAACUUUAGUA